AUGCUUUCUAUACCUUGGUGGCUUUUUGGAACAGUACCCGAUGAUGAGAAUUCUGUGGAAAUUACUGAAGAAGUUCAGACCGACGAGGGAUGUGAUGAAUUUUUCACGCCACAGUUCAAAGCUCCGUCGAAAACGUUGCCCGUCGCCGAAAUUGACAGUUCUCCGCCAGAGUCUGAUAAAGAUACAAAGAAAAUAUUUAACUAUGAGCAACGAUCUUCAUUAGAAAGAUGCGAAACAGAGAUGCUCAGCCCAGAUGCGAACGAGGAUCCAUUUUUUGGUAUCGACUUCGAUAACGUUCGAGCUUUUCGCCCAAUACACUCGGAUGUUGUCGACCAGCGAAGUUCUGAAGAGCACCUUCUUGACGAAAUUAUUCAACUUGAAACUCAAUGCGGUGAUGAGGAACUAAACGAAGAAGUUGAAAAUCCCCAAAGUUCUGAUCGUGAUUUUCCAUUGUUUUUCACAUCAUUCAAUGAUACUACUGUCAUUUUCAACAGCACCAUAACUGGAGAUAUUGAUUUGGAUUCUAUCCAUACACCGCUAACAAAAUCUGAUUCAGAAGAGUCAAACUUUAUAUUCAAAAAUAAUAAAAUACUUCAGGAGGAUCAGGUUAUCAAGAAAAAUUCGAAUGACCCAACGAAGAUAAUUCCAAAAAAAUCUCGAUCUCAAAACAAGAAGCACAAAUUGGAAAAUCAAGAAUUGAAAAGCGAAGUUUCAACGAAAUCAUUUGAAAAUGUUACGAAGCCGAAACGACAACGAAAAGCGCAGGUUAUUGUUGAGCCUGUAACUCCAAAAAACAAUAAAGCAGUCGUGUACCCACCAACUCCAAUCCGUCGAAUUACCCCAUCUCGAAAAGCCAAAGAAAAGCCUAAAAUUUAUCAUUUUGAUUAA